UUUCGGUUAAGAAAAUAAAAUUUUUGGGAUGGAAUAAACAAGAAUAUGCUUAGGCAUCCAAUGGCUUCAUCUUCUCUUCUUCAUCUCCACGAGAAGUGAGAUAAAAAUCACAAGGAAACGCCCUCACUCCAAAAGCCUUCAAGCUUCUUCUCGACUCUGAACAAGUUCCUAAACCCCUCACUUCAACUUCUUGGCUACUUUUUUUUUGUCUUGCAGGUGAAUGUGUUUUCUAUAGAAUCAAGAACAAAAUGGCGUAUCUACUCUCAGCUUCAUGCCCUUUAGCUAUCUCCUUAACCAGCAGCAGCAAGAACUCGGUUAAACCGUUUGGUUUAAAUCAAACAUUCUUCAACCCCCAACCCCUUUCAAACUCUUCCUCUCUCAAAGGACUUCUCUUCCAAGAGACGAAACCUAAAAGAAGAAGAAGCUGCGUCUUCCUAGCAACCGCUACAAGCCAACAAGCACCACCCGAAACCUCCACCAACAACAACAACUCACCCUCCAAACCCAAACGCGUCAUGGUCAUCGGCGGAGACGGUUACUGCGGCUGGGCCACUGCUCUCCACUUAUCCAAAAAGAACUACGAAGUCGCCAUCGUCGACAACCUCGUCAGACGCCUCUUCGACCACCAGCUUGGUCUCGAGUCAUUAACUCCCAUAGCGUCGAUCCACGACCGUAUCAGCCGUUGGAAGGCCUUGACAGGGAAGACAAUUGACCUAUACAUUGGAGACAUCUGCGACUUCGAGUUCUUAGCUGACUCUUUCAACUCCUUUGAGCCUGACUCCGUUGUCCACUUCGGUGAACAACGCUCUGCUCCUUACUCUAUGAUAGACCGUUCCAGAGCCGUGUUCACGCAGCACAACAAUGUCAUAGGCACUCUCAACGUCCUCUUUGCGAUCAAAGAGUUUCGAGAAGAGUGUCAUCUCGUGAAGCUUGGGACGAUGGGAGAGUAUGGGACUCCGAACAUCGAUAUCGAGGAAGGGUAUAUAACGAUAACGCAUAAUGGUAGGACUGAUACGCUGCCGUAUCCGAAGCAGGCUAGCUCGUUUUAUCAUCUUAGCAAGGUUCACGACUCGCACAACAUUGCUUUUACUUGCAAGGCGUGGGGGAUUAGAGCUACUGAUCUUAACCAAGGAGUUGUUUAUGGUGUGAAGACUGAUGAGACUGAGAUGCAUGAGGAGCUGAGGAACCGGUUGGAUUAUGAUGCUGUGUUUGGUACUGCUCUUAACCGGUUCUGUGUGCAAGCUGCUGUUGGUCACCCACUUACGGUUUAUGGUAAAGGUGGCCAGACAAGAGGCUACCUUGAUAUAAGAGACACGGUCCAAUGUGUUGAGCUAGCUAUAGCGAACCCUGCAAAGGCGGGUGAGUUCAGGGUAUUCAACCAGUUCACAGAACAGUUCUCAGUCAACGAGCUGGCGUCGCUGGUGACUAAAGCGGGUUUAAAGCUUGGUCUGGACGUGACAAAGAUGACAGUGCCUAACCCGAGAGUGGAGGCGGAAGAGCAUUACUACAACGCAAAGCACACAAAGCUGAUGGAACUUGGACUUGAGCCUCAUUAUCUCUCUGAGUCACUUCUUGAUUCGUUGCUCAACUUUGCUGUUCAGUUUAGGGAUCGUGUGGACAAAAAGCAGAUCAUGCCUAGUGUUUCUUGGAAGAAGAUUGGUGUCAAGACUAAGUCCAUGAACCCCUAAGGAGUCCAGUUUAUUGUUAGUACACUGAAGGGAGAUUAUUAGAUUAUAUGCGAGAGUUGUGUUGUUUGUUAUCCUUCAAAACUUUAUUUGUGCUCAAGUAGUUUGUCCUUACAUAUUGUGCAGGUUUUUAUUUUGA